AUGGCUGGGAUCGCAAGCCAACAAUCUCAGCAACCUCAGCAACCUCCAACACUUCAACAACCCCAACUAUCCCAGCCUGCUCAUCCAACUCAGCAAUCCCAAUCAAUUCAACCCUCACAACCCCCCUUCUUAACUUCAACCAAGCAACCGAGCCAAUGGCCAGUUUGGGAUGGAUCUACAACAUCCCUCAAUGCCCACCUAUUUCUUCUGAGAAUUAAGAUUGAAGAGGAUCGAGCUGUACUCGGCUCUAAUAGAGCUAUUUGUUUCGAUAUUUUUCGCUCUGUCCCGUCAGAUAAGCAACCAAGAAUCUUAAACUGGCUUGAAACUGGUGGUUUUGAUAGUAAUUACAAUUGGAAUCAUUUUCUAGAUCACCUGAGGGAAACAUAUGAGAAUAAGUUAACCCGCCAAACGGCAGCUGAUCAACUCGGUCGAAUUCGAAUGGAUGCCACUCAGUAUUUUGUGGAAUACCUUCAGGAAUAUGAGUUAAAGAUUUCACAAUGUGGAAAAACAGGUUAG